AAGGCUGCUUUUUAUUGACAGGAGGGGGUAUCGGCGCAGAGGGACCCCAAGGCAGGUGGACCGAAUGAUACUGCUCCUCCCGCCGAGGUGGUGCGCUCCAGGUUUGACUAGUCCAACCUCGCAGGGAGGACUCGGAGCUUCCCACAGACGCACGGGACCUUCAGACUCCACUCGAAACUCUUCGUACCAGUGCUGAGCCGAGCCAUGCUUUCCCACGUCUGGAGGAGCGCAGGGCUGCGUUGGAAGCACACCUCCUCUCUGAAGGUGGCCAAUGAGCCCAUCUUAGCGUUCACUCAGGGCAGCCCCGAGCGGGAUGCGCUGCAGAAGGCUCUGAAGAACCUGAAAGGCCAGACGGAAGCCAUCCCCUGUGUUGUCGGGGACGAGGAGGUGUGGACUUCUGAUGUGCAGUACCAGUUGUCGCCCUUUAACCAUGGACACAAAGUGGCCAAGUUCUGUUAUGCGGACAAGGCCUUGCUCAACAAAGCCAUUGAAGCUGCCUUGGCCGCCAGGAAAGAGUGGGACCUGAAGCCCGUGGCAGACCGGGCCCAGAUCUUCCUGAAGGCGGCAGAUAUGCUGAGCGGGCCACGAAGGGCUGAGGUUCUCGCCAAGACCAUGGUGGGACAGGGAAAAACCGUGAUCCAAGCAGAGAUCGACGCUGCAGCAGAGCUCAUCGACUUCUUUCGAUUCAACGCCAAGUUCGCUGUGGAGCUGGAGGGGGAGCAGCCCAUCAGCGUGCCGCCCAGCACCAACCACGUGGUGUACCGGGGUCUGGAGGGCUUCGUGGCGGCUAUCUCCCCAUUCAACUUCACCGCAAUCGGAGGCAACCUGGCGGGUGCACCCGCUUUAAUGGGCAACGUGGUCCUAUGGAAGCCCAGUGACACUGCCAUGCUGGCUAGCUAUGCCGUCUACCGCGUCCUCCGGGAGGCCGGCUUGCCCCCCAACAUCAUCCAGUUUGUGCCAGCGGAUGGGCCAACGUUCGGGGACACGAUCACCAGCUCAGAGCACCUCUGUGGCAUCAACUUCACAGGCAGUGUGCCCACCUUCAAACAUCUGUGGAGGCAGGUGGCCCAGAAUCUGGACCGUUUCCGUACCUUCCCACGCCUGGCCGGAGAGUGUGGCGGGAAGAAUUUCCAUUUCGUGCACAGCUCGGCCGAUGUGGACAGCGUGGUGAGUGGGACAGUGCGCUCGGCCUUCGAAUAUGGUGGUCAGAAGUGCUCAGCCUGCUCGCGCCUCUACGUUCCCCAGUCUUUGUGGCCACAGAUCAAAGGGCGGCUGCUGGAGGAGCACAGCAGGAUCAAAGUGGGAGAUCCUGCCGAGGACUUUGGGACCUUCUUCUCCGCAGUGAUUGAUGCCAAGGCCUUCGCCCGCAUCAAGAAGUGGCUGGAGCAUGCACGCUCCUCCCCCAGCCUCAGUGUCCUGGCGGGAGGCCAGUGCAACGAGUCAGUGGGUUACUAUGUGGAGCCGUGCAUCAUUGAGAGCAAGGACCCUCAGGAGCCCAUCAUGAAGGAGGAGAUCUUUGGUCCUGUGCUCACAGUGUAUGUGUACCCCGAUGAGAAGUACAGAGAGACGCUGGAGCUGGUCGACAGCACCACCAGCUAUGGCCUCACGGGGGCAGUGUUCGCCCAGGAUAAGGCAAUUGUCCAGGAGGCCACGAGGAUGCUGAGGAAUGCCGCUGGCAACUUCUACAUCAAUGACAAGUCUACUGGGUCCGUGGUGGGCCAGCAGCCCUUCGGGGGUGCCCGGGCCUCUGGAACCAAUGACAAACCCGGAGGCCCCCACUACAUUCUGCGCUGGACAUCGCCCCAGGUCAUCAAGGAAACUCAUAAGCCCCUGGGGGACUGGCGAUACUCUUACAUGCAGUGAGCUCUGCUCAUCACCUGUACCGUCCACCUGUCUGUCCAUCCAGAUGACUGACAUCUCUGCACUGACCCCACAAUCCCCACCAGCUCCUCCUGGACUCUUUGCAGUUGAACUUGACCCGGUCCUGGCCUUUGGGCUGCAUCCUGACCCCUCCUCAUUUGGUGUCAGGUGCCCAGGCUUUGGCUUGGGGUUAUACUGGGGAGGAAGAACCAGUUCACCCAGAAAUCUCAUCUUCUACGGAACACCCUGGUGCCUGGCAGGCUCUCCACCUGUCUGCUUCUCUUUCCUCAUCCCAGGCCUGGUGGCUCAGAGACUCUUCCACAUAUCCAGUGGACCUCAGUCAGGAGGCUACAGGGGUCCAGCUGGCUUCACCCCUUGGUCUGCUAGAUCCUCCUGCAGGCACUUGUGCCCAGCCAUAUGCCUUAGACCCACGUGCCUUCCUCUAGGUCGCCUGGGUGUCCCUGAGCCCUCUUCCCUCCUGGCCAUCUGCUGGGAGUGUGGUCAUCUGGGAAACCUUGUCAGAGCAGCCAGCCCAGGGGUGGCUAGGGUGAGUUCCUACUUGAGUCCUGGAUGAUGUUGUUGAGAGCAUUCCCCUUCAAGGGCUCCACAUAGAGCUGGUGUGGCUGUCCCCAAGGGCCACUCCAGGUCACUACAGUCUACACUCAGGGACAGGUACCAGUACUAGGCCUGCUCUGAGCUCGGCUUCCUUUCAGGGUCUGUGCUGUCUCCCAGGGAGCAGGGCUGGGCUGCAGUGGUCCCAGUUCUGCUGGUUUUAUAUGGAGAGAGGGUGGAGCACACUUAUUGCCACCCAGGAAAACACCAGCUACCACGUCAAAGUUGUGGUGGCUGUGGAGGGAGGUGAGGGGCUGGCUAGCUUCUCUUUCCCAAUCUAGUGUAUUGCCAGUGUCUGGUCCUACGGUGCAUUCGACGACCUUGGUGGGAUGGGUGGGCUCUGAGGCUGGGGCAUCCCUGCUAGAGGAAGUAGUGACUCUGGAGCCUGAUCUGAACUCUGGGUUUAGAGCAUGGCUUUCUCUCUCCCACCAAUGUGAUCGCCAAAACAUUAUGCAAAUUCCCCAUCCUUCCAUCUCUCCAGCUCUAAAAUGGCGAUGAUUCCCUGUGUACACAGAGGAUCAAGUGAGCUAAUCCAUGUGGAUUCUGGACAGCGUAAGACAAGUGAUCAGAUAUAUCACCUGUUUGCACAUUGUUCCACCACCACCACUAUGUACUGUGGUGGUUCAUUUUGUGUGUCAAUUUUGCUGGGCCACAGUCCCCAGAGACCUGGUCAACCAUUGUCAAAGUUUCUGUGAAGGUAUCUUUUGGAUGAGAGUAAGAUUAAAGUAAGUGGGCUUUUAAA